AUGGCGACGGUUAUACCAGAGCAGCCUCUUUUGGACUCUUCAACUCCAACUGCAAGAAUAGGAUCGUCGACUUCGACCACAGUCCAAAACCAAGCAUUGCGACCUCAUUUAAAUAUUCCAGUCAGGGAAGACCAUGGACUAUAUAAUUUUUUCCGGAAAAUUCCAGACGAAGACUCUGUCAAAGGGUACAAAUAUGUAACCUAUGAACAUAUGAACGAAAGAGACCAUGGGCUCAGUCGGUCUUGGACUACAGCAGAGUUGAGAAGAAAAUCUUUCAGAGACUUGCACAUCAUAUGGUACUUGUGCAGAAAAGAAAUAAAUCUUCUUGCAACUCAGAAAGCAGAACUUCGAAGGUUGCACCGUCUUGCGCACGUUUCGUCUACUCCCAUCUCUUUACGGGCUCGCAUGUUUGUAUUAAACGAACGAAGAUUGGCAUUACUAAACGCUACUGCCCAAGUUCAAUGGAUCUAUCGACCAGGUUAUAAGGACCCUGCCAAGAAACCGAAGACAAAACUCGAACGUGGUGCCAAGAUGAAAAUUAGCGAAGAAGACGAAACUCAGGCUUCUGCACCCCGAGUUGAGAAAACGACCCAUGAUGAUGUUGAGAUGGGCACCACGGAGAGGUUUAGCCAACCCAAUACGGCCGGAAUUCCACAGGUUCGACUGUGA